GGAGGCAAAAAGAUAUACAACUGUGUCUUGGGCAUGGUGGACAUCGUGCGAGGGACCAACUCCUACUACAAGCUGCAGGUGCUGGAGAGUGAUUUGAAAAACAGGUGGUGGUUAUUCCGCUCGUGGGGACGCAUUGGCACUACCAUUGGCAACAACAAGCUGGAAGACAAGGAGGACCUGCAGGAUGCUCUGGCCCAAUUUGAAGGACUCUACGAGGAGAAGACGGGCAAUCGCUUCUCUGCCAAAGAAUUCAACAAGGUGCCCGGCUGUUGGUAUCCACUUGACAUUGACUACGGCCAGGAAGAAGAGAUAGUAAAGAAACCUACCACAGGAGGCUCAAAGAGCAAGUUGCCAAAGGAGGUUCAGGAGUUAGUCGCACUCAUAUUUGAUGUUGAUACGAUGAAGAGUGCCCUUGUUGAGUUUGAGAUUGACGUCAAGAAGAUGCCCCUGGGAAAGUUGAGCAAGAAGCAGAUCGAGAGUGCCUACAAGGUCCUUUCGGAAGCCCUCAGGCUCAUCAGUGAAAAGCAGGACACCAAGGAUGACUCCUCUUCCUCCCCCUCCUCGUCCUCCUCCUCCACCUCCUCUCAGGCCAGGAUCAAGGCUCAACUCCUUGACUGCUCCAACCGCUUCUUCACCCUCAUCCCCCACGACUUCGGCAUGAAGAAACCCCCCAUCCUGGACGAUUUGGAGCUUAUCAAGGCUAAGGUGGCCAUGCUGGACAACCUGAGUGAGAUCGAGGUGGCGUACAACCUUCUGAAGUCUGAGGGUGACGAGGACAAGGAUGCAGACCCGAUCGACAAGCACUACGGCAAACUCAACACCAAGAUCGAGGUGGUGGACAAGAAGUCGGACGAGUUCAGCAUGAUCAAGAAAUACGUCAGCAACACUCACGCAUCCACACAUGGACAUUAUAAGCUGGUGGUCGAGGAGGCAUUCAAGAUCGAGAGAAGCGGUGAGAAGGAGCGCUUCAAGCCGUUCAAGCAGCUGCACAACCACAAGCUCCUCUGGCACGGCUCCAGGCUCACCGACUUUGCUGGGAUUCUGUCCCAGGGUCUAAGAAUUGCACCGCCAGAAGCACCCGUCACUGGUUACAUGUUUGGUAAAGGUGUCUACUUCGCCGAUAUGGUGUCCAAGUCUGCAAACUAUUGUUGCACCUCGUAUUUAAACCCAACGGGUCUCAUCCUGCUCGCAGAUGUUGCACUUGGAAACAUGUACGAGCGCACCCACGCAGAGUACGUUGAGAAGCUACCCAAGGGCAUGCACAGUACAAAGGGUCUGGGACGCACCUGUCCUGACCCCAGCCAGAGCAUCACCAUCGACGGGGUGGAAGUGCCACUGGGCAAGGGCAUUGAUGCCCCCGUGGGGAACACCUCGCUUCUCUAUAACGAGUUCAUUGUGUACGACAUGGCGCAGGUCAAUGUCAAGUACCUCCUCAAGCUCAAGUUCGAUUACCAGUAUUAAGGUGCAGCUGUUGGAUCUGUGUUUGGCGUGAAGGCCAGGGGGCGGUUUCCUGCUGUUAUUAUUUUUUCCGUUUUUGGUUAGCACUACUUGUAUUGGAGAGAGAGGAGCCAUUCCCUAUUUUAUUUUUUAUUCACAUAUAUAUUUUUGUUUUUACAGCAUUUGUUGUAUUAGUUUGUCUAAUUUCUUUUUUUUCCAUGUAGCGAGUUGAAUGUCUGCAAAGAAAACAUUUGUAGAUUAAGUGAAUUACCUAGUUCCUCAAGAAAAAAAAACAUGGGAAUUAAUAUUGCUGACUGAGGUAUUGGCUACAAAAGCAGAAGCUCUACAGAAGCUAAUUAAACCAGUGGGAGUUCAUGGCAGAAAGGCUUUAAAUCUGACUGUAAAAAACAUUCCAAUUAGUUAACUCGGCUGUAAAGUUUGUCGAGUGAUUGACCUUAGAGUGGAAAGCAACGUUAGAUUUUGUCCAGCUGUGAGGUCAGAUUUAUUGCUGGAUCUGUCCUGGAUUUGAUUUGAGUGGAUUGGACUUGACGUGGAAAUACAAAUAAAAAUGUGUGUGUGAUUUCCACGGCUCGGUUGAACUCUCCUCAUUGUAAAAACUAUUAGAUUUUGCACCAGAGACACAGGACUGCCAUUAAGUCUCUCAAAGUGUUGUUUUAUUUUUUUAAUUUGGUAUAAGAAGUUCAUAAGAUGCUCGUCUGUUUUUUAAAUGGCUUCAGAACAAAGAGAAAGGGAAAUUUGGAGAAACUUUUCCCUUCAAAAUAUUUUCUUAAAGUGGAAGCAAAGUUGAUGUUUUUUCUUUUUUUUUUUAAUGAAAUUAAUUUUUAUUUAAUAGAGGCUGUGCUGAAUGUUAUUCGUUUUGGAUGACGUUUUUUGUUGAUUGUUUUUCAGGGUAUCUGUAGAUCUUCAGUAACAAAUUCAUUGACUAUAAAAGGAAAUUUUAUUUGCAUAUGUUUUUGAUACACAUUAACAUAUGCCUGAAAAAAACGUUUGCACCCACACCUCCACCCCACCCACAGCACGAAAACACACACCUGCAUAAAUAUACCAAGCAGACAUACACAAAUAGACGUGCACACAGAUAUAGACAAACACUCACACACUCAUUCAUACAAUCGUGUGUGUUCCUUAUAAAUAUUUGUGUAAUACUUUACAAAAGGAACAGUAAUGUGAUAAACCUGUUGAUUUACUCUGCAUAUGUACAAGGAAAUAAAACAUUUGUAUUUGAAGUUAAUCAAAUUGAA